GGUCAGUUGAAAUCCAUUCUCGAUACCAUUCGGAGCCAAAAAAAAAAACUAACAAAAUUCCAAAUAAAUUUUUGUAUAAAAAAAUAGGGAACAUUUUCAAUUCCGUUCAAAUUUAACUGUGCACUAUGGUGUGGAAUACGCUAUCAUUCUGGGACGGUCAGCCAGUCACCUCGCCGGUGUAUCCCCAGAUGGGGGAUGUGUGGAGUCUCAAUACCUCCGGCUACCAGCGUUACGAUCAUCCUCAGACCCAUACCCAUACCCAUACCCAUUCGCCACAGAAUUACUAUCAACGGAUGGGCAACGGCAUGGGCGACAUUCGCCAGAUGAGCUGUCCCAUGCCGAACUACUGUCCUCAUUUCCGGGAGCCCGGAUUGGAUGAUGUGGAUGCCUUCUACGCCUACAACGGCAUGGAUGUGAAUCAGGCCUAUGGCGGAGGAUCACGACCUGGUCAAGGUGCAGGAUCUGGAGGGCGGGGCGACCUCUGGUAGUUAUCCGUCCACCAUUUAUUGGCGUAUGCUCCUUAACUUUCUGUGCGUUUGAUCUAUGGAACCAUUAAAAUGUUUUAUUGAAUAGUA